UCCCCCGUGGCCCUUCGUCCUGCGUUUCUGUUUCUCCUUUCCCAGAGUUGCGCGUGUCGGUUCACUAUUCCUUUCUUUUCCGAUCCUUGAGAUCAUUCUUCGAUCAUUUCCAGCUUCUAGUUGCCUGUGCCGUGCACGGUCUAGAGUCCUUCCUUUCGAAACACAUUCAUUCCUUUUCGAGAACAGGUAUUCUCGAAUCCCUCGUCCAUUCCAUCCUUUCUGUGAAUAAGACACAAGUACAUUAUCUCUUUUGAACAUAUCAAGAUGGUUUCCUUCUCCAAGCUGUUCACCACCGGCCUUCUCGCCACCUCGGCCCUCGCCAUCCCAGUCGCUAAGCCGGUGACCGUCGAGGUGCAGAAGCGCAACAGUACUCUCAGUACCAAGCGUGGCGCCGCCUUCAAUGACAUCUCCACCGUUCCCGUACUCAGCUCCGCUGGUACCAUCUCCUGGGCCUACAACUGGGCCUUAUCGCUCUCCGGCAGCCUGCCCUCCAACGUCGAAUACGUGCCCAUGCUCUGGGGUGCCAAGGACUUCGGUGGCUGGUUUACCGCCGUUGAGACUGCUCUAUCCUCCGGCAGCAGCUAUAUUCUGGGUUUCAAUGAGCCCGAUAUGACUUCCCAGGCCGACAUGUCUGCCUCCCAGGCCGCCAGCUAUUACAAGACCUACAUCACUCCCUACUCCGGCAAGGCCAAGCUCAUCUCUCCCGCCGUCUCCUCGUCCACCACCAGUGGUUUGGGUCUGUCCUGGUUCGAGGAGUUCAUGACUGACUGCUCGUCGUGCGAGAUCAGCGGACUUGCUGUCCACUGGUACGGAGAGACCGCCGAUCAGUUCAAGUCCUUCGUUACCGAGGCCGUGAGCACUGCUUCCACCUACGGUCUCUCCGAGGUCUGGGUUACCGAGUUUGCGCUCAACGCUGAUGCUGGUGGUGUCUCUGAUGCUGCUACCACCGCUGCCUUCCUCGAGACGGUCCUCCCCUGGCUCGACGCCAACACUAACGUGACCCGCUACUCGUACUUCUAUUGCGCCGACAACUACCUUCUCUCCGACAGCACUCUGAACCAGGCUGGUCAGGCGUAUGUCUCCUAAGAGUACGGUGUGUGAUGUGUAUGUUGUACGCCUGCGGCGCUUGUACAUGAGUGGGGUUGAAUGGGAGACAUUACCAAUAGAUCAAGGACUUUUCUCUGUCAUCUGGCGUCUGAAGUAUAGGAGCUCAUUUGUUUAUUCCCCGAAUGUCCUGGUCUCUGCUCUGGCGCAAUGAGACGGUAAUAUCUCGUUGGGAUUAUAUUUCCUUCUUUCUUUGUCACAUAUUUCAUUCCCUUGGCGUUGAUAAAAAUAUCUUCUCUCACAUAUGGUGGAAAAGUAGCUUACGGUUGAUUUGAUUUGUUUUGCUUCAAUCCACUUCCCCCCCCC